AUGGAAACAAGUUCCGAUUUAUCAGAACAAUUUGAAACAAAAGCACAUGUUUGUCAUACAGAUAUGAGUCAAUCAAUGCAAGAUGAAAUAAUCGCGAUAUGUUUAAAAUUUUGGAGUUUAAAUCAACGAAGCUUAGAUACUACAGCACAUAUUAAAAGAACAUUGGAUAGAAAAUAUGGACCAGCAUGGCAUUGUAUUAUAGGUGAUGAAUAUAACAGUUGCGUUACACAUGAUUCACAAUAUUUUUUAGACUUCAAAUUUGAGAAAAAAUCAUUUAUGAUUUAUAAAACCAGUUUAUAAUGCUAUUGAAUUCUUUAAAUACAAACAAAACGACACUGGAACAAUGAAGCUCUUAGAUAAUAUAC